UUCCUGAGCCCCAUCAACCAGAAAGUUUUACUGACGGCAAGAACUGGGAAUCAAUUUUUAAAUGCAAUCAUAAGAGAGAAAAGGUUCAGGAAGAAGUAGGAGCGUAAUCGGUAAACUGGAGAGGAUGGUCAAAGGACCGAACGCACGACAGAGCCGUGCUAGUUCCUCUGCUGGGGAUGGAGAAGUGACCACUACUGUGGUUCUUCGAGAGAUGUUGAACCGAAUAGAGGCCAUGAAGACCGGGAUGGAUACUAUGAAUAUCCGUCUAGACCUUCCAAGAGCUAAGGUACCUCCAAAGAACAUACCCUGGUUCGAUGGAACCAAGGUUAGAGAAUUCCUGGAGGACUAUUAUGUCUUCGGUAUGAGCCAUGGUUGGUCGGAUAAACAGAAGUUGAAAGCUCUACUAGCCUAUGUUGAACCUAAGAUGAGGGUGUCGGUGACAAAGACGACACAAGGGCUGACAACAUGGGUCGUGGUUAGACAAAAGAUGCCGGAAGAAUAUGCGAAGUAUGACGUCCCAACGACCAUGCAAAAUCUGUUGGAAGUGCGACGUUCUAAGUAUGCAACUCUUGAUCAAUUCCUAGAGGAUUUUGUGCGGGUUGCGCGGAGAGUACCCUUCCUAGAUGAAGCCCAGAAGUGUCAUGUCUUACUGACAAACUUCGCAGAGGACGAGAGGAAGAGUGUGAUGAAAGCAAUCACUAGUGCAAGAGAGGGAAAUGUUGAGGCAGCUACGGGAGGAAACUUGAAGGCCGAGGAGAUCCUUAGUCUUCUUGUUAACCGUGGUAGCUUUGAAAAGUUAACCCUUCCUGCCCCAACAACUCAAGCACUUGUUGGAGUCGAAGAAGGUAAGGAAGAAAGAAAGAAGGAGAAGCAAAAGGAAGAGAGUGAGAGUGAGAGCGAGAGUAGUGAUAAGGAAGACGCUAGGCAAAGGAGAAAAGAGAGGCAAAAGAAAAAACGCGACCGGGACUGGAAGAAAGAUAAUAAGAGUCGAGAUUGGCAAAGGAGAGAUGACCCCUUUCGAUAUUAUUAUUGUGACGAGGAAGAUCAUACUCUAACCCGGUGCCCAACAGUAGAGAAAAAACUCGAAGAAGGGAUUAUCAAGAAGAAUGUCAAUGGGCACAUCUGUGAUGCCAAUUGGAACAAGGUAGACUUCCGAGUCAAAGGAGGAAUGCGAGCAGUUAUCCUAGAAAAGGCUACGGCCAAUAAGGAUAAAAAGAAGAAGGCUAGGGUUAAUGUUGUCACCUUUGACGAUAUGCUACCUCCGGAAAUAGUGGCUCGAGACGACAAUCCUAGAAGCCAAAACCUGAAUGUAUCCCAUAUCAGUCAGAGAGAGGUUGAAGAAAAAAGGCGGGAAAAGGCUCAAAGAAAGCUAGACCAGCUGAUUGAUGGGACCAAGGACCUAGUGAAGGAAGGGAAAGGAAAGGAAGCUGCCGGAAAAAAGAGGAAGGUGGUCUUGAGAUCCGAGGCCGAGGAGGGUGUCUCGAUAGAUGAAGUAGUAAAGAAACUACUUGAAGAAACCGAGAUCACCCUAUCCUGGAAGGAGGCGGUAACCUUGGUGCCAAAGUUUAGAGAAGAACUCAAAAAGAUGGUUGAAAGGCAGAAGGUAGAAGUCAAUAGUCUAAGACUCUUCACCCAGCAUGUGGAAAGAGCCCCGCCUGGUACCAAGAUGAGGUUUGGUAACAGGUCAUGUGGGUACUUGAAUAUCUCCGUAAACGACGUGAAGGUUGGAGCCCUAGUGGACUCUGGGGCCGAGAUGGUGCUUAUGUCCUCGGCCACGAUGAGAUAAUGUGGGCUUGGAAUAGAUAGGAAAACCAAUCACCAACUCUCUAAUAUAGCCGGAUUUCUGCCAUUGGAAUGAUUCAUUGAUGAUUUGCCUAUUCGGAUUGGAACUUUACGGGCCAAGAUCCUCUGUUUUGUGGUCCUCACCUUGGAUCAUGACUGCAUUCUCGGAGCCCCUUUCGUACAUAGAAUGGAGGCUUGUGCAUUCUUUGGUCAUGAUGGGGCGGCUUGGCUUUCGCUCCAGGAUCCUAACAAUGGUCGAGAAUAGGCUUUCGUGAUAAGUGACAGACAUCAUCCUCGUCAUCAGCGACAUGUUAAUUCUCUUAAGCAUGGAGAAUUUGAUAAGUUGAUUGAGGAAGUACGGACAAAGUUGAAAGAGAGUGGAAUAAUAGACGAAAAGACAACGAUUAGAGUAAAUGAUAUCGGUAAGA